AUGGUCCGCUCUGAGGGAGUUGUGGUCCUCGCCGGCGCCUCGAUGGAGGCAAUGGAUGCUGGGCCGCUUUGGUGCCAUGAGUGUGGGUUCUUCUCUCUGUGCAAGUGCCUCGAUGUAGGUGGCAGAGAUGACACUCCGUCUGGCCGGCUGCUCGACGGAGGCGCCGCAUCACUCGAAUGAAAUCGCUAAGCCAGACGAACACACGGGUUUCGUCGUUGUACUUACUGUCAUUUCCUCAGGUACGAGGCCGAAUUGGGCAAACAGAUGUGAGCAAACAACACAAGCAACGAACACAAACGAACGAAGACGCGAAAACGCUAUCGAACGAUAUACGCUUACGAACGAUACGAACGAACGAACGAACGAAUGGCGUCCUUCUGAGCACAAGUGAGAAAGAAGAAAAUCACCCCAUGUGACGUUUUGAUUGAUCCAUCGAGUGUCAUGUUGCAGGGCCUCGUUGGAGGUGGUGGUCGGGGGGAGCCUGAGCGACGGUCGUCUCGAUUGACGGUAUCUCUCUCAGUACAAGUAAGAAACAAAAAUCCUCACGUAAGCGAGCGUCUUUAUCUUAUCUCUGUGUUGUUCUUUUCUGUAUUUUUCAGUCGCCUCGAAGGAGGUGGUGCUGGGAGUGCUACGACAAAGCACACAAAGACGAAAGGGACGAAGUCUCUCUAAGCAAGUAAGCGACAACCAAAUGGCUGGCGAGCCUACACACACGUGUGAUCCCAAUGUCAUUUCAGUCCCUCGAUGGAGGGCGCUUUCGGGGACGCAAUACGCGAUCGUCAGAGGCAUGAGAACGAACGAUACUCGAACGAUGAGUAGCCUCUGAGCACAAGUAAGGGAGAGCACGUUCUUCCGCUCUCCAGGAAGGCCCAUCCAUCGCGUGUGAUGGAUUGUAGGGCCUCGAAGGAGGCAGUGCUGAAGGGGCGCAGGGCUCGAUUGAGAACGAUGCGAAUCGGUUUUGUUCUGCCAAGCCAGGUAAGAGGACAGGAAUGCCUGACGUUCAACUCAACGAGUCGGACCGAUCUCUUGUGGGUGUUUCAGGGCCUCGAUGGAGGUCGCUUGGCAGGACUGUGGUGA